AUGUGGGCGCGGGCAUGCCCGGGGGCUCAGCACCCGGGGGCCCUGAAGACCCCAACAAAAGAGCUGUGCGUAUCUACCGUCGGGGACGCGGAGCAGGAUGUGGCUAACUUGGCUCGGAUAGUGCGACCAGUGCCGUAUGCGCAAGGUGAGGCUGAGAUUGGAUAUCUACGUGAUGUCGACCAACACGGCGCAUGGCUAACCGCACUUCUCAUCUUCGGCUAUCAAACCGAGCUUGUACAUCAACGGGCAUUGGUCAACGGCCAAAGGAGGCACGUCAACGUGUUCUCAUCUCAUCUCAGUAGUACGUUCUCGCCUACUCACGACUGCCUCAAGUCAACGAGGUGGCAUAGCCGUGUUGACCACCACAGCGAGCGAAAGAUUGAUCAGCUCGAGUCCCGACUCGCCAACAUCGAGCAACUACUCAAGACUCUCGUCGCCAGAGAUCUUGGCCCGGGUGAGCCGGCACGGCAGCAACUUUAUGUUCCCUCCCCGGACGUACCGGACAGCGGCACUGUCACCUCAAUGGGAGACUUUGACUCGGGCGAUGAGGAGACAGCUGACGGUGGCGACUCCGGUCUCAUCUCCCAAACCGCGAUUGCAAGCGAGUUCCUCGCCCACGCCGUACACCGCACAUCUCUCCACGACGCCCACCCCAACGUAGAUGCAGCAGUUACCAAUCUACGCCAACUCGUACAGCUCCAGGGGAGCCGUUCCACCAACAAUGGACCUAGGUUCCCGCGACAACUACCUCUCCCUCCGGGCGGAACAGCCAGCUUCUUCGCAUUCGGGAUGACUCUCGUCGGCAUUGAGGACUUUUCCAGCCUGUGCCGGAUGAUAUACUUCCCCACGGAGGACUUUCCUCAGGCUAUAUUUGCUAUCGUCAACGCAGGCCUGUAUGACCUGUUCAUGGAGGAGUGCUGUCUAUCUGACGAUGUCGAAAAGCGAGACAAGUAUGAGGCGUACGCCAAGAUGGCCCGAGCCAAUCUGGAGACCUACCUAGCCAACCUACCCAUGUUUCUAUCCUCCAGGAUCGAGAACGUCCAGGCUCUAUUACUAGGAACCCAAUAUGCUAUCGACGUCACGCGCCCCUCUGUCGCCUGGCAUCUUAAUUCGAUUGCUGCCCAGCUCUGCCAAACUGGGGGCUUUCACCGCGCCGAUGUUGCCAGUACCGAGUCAGCUCGAACAAAGCAAAUCAAAGGCAUCCUCUUUUGGCAAGUGUACUCUUGGGACCGGGGGCUAAGCCUGCGUAUGGGCCGCGCUUCCGUCAUAAACGAUGGCGACAUUACCAUCCCCCGCCAGUUCGAUUUCUCAGGAUUCCCUCUUCUUGAAAAGCCAGCCACACUCAAGUUUUGGCUGGAGAGGGCUACUCUGCAGGGUCAGAUAUACAUACAACUGUAUAGCCCAGCUGCUCUGACCGUUCACCCCUCUGAACUGGGUCGUCGCGCAGAGGAAUUGGCUGUUGAGUGCAGAAGACUUGUCGUAGAGGAGAAGAAGGCCCAACAGGAGGCCUUUGCCUACCUGAAGCAGAUCAACUCGUCAGAGCUUGUUAAAGUCUUUGUCCAAGGUGAUGAAGUCCAGUUUCUCGCAACGCUGACACUUGUCUAUCGAGCUAUUCCAGCCCCUCCCGGCUCCCCUAGCCGAUUUUCCAACGAGUGUUUAGAAACUGCACGCCAAACAAUGAGAAGGCACAAGGAAACCGUGGCCUUGUUAAAGUAUGGGGCUUACAUGAAGUCGAUAUAUGUUCACCGAAAUCUGAUGCUGGCUCCCUUUGCGCCCUUCUUUGUCCUGUUCUGUCACAUCGUCGAGACCCUUUCUGGAGAUGACCUCGGGAUGCUUCAAGAGUUCGUGGCAUCACUGGAUCUCCUACGUGACGCAUCAGAGACAGCGGAGAAGCUGUGUCGCAUCUUCCAGGUCUUCAGGGACGUGGCCAUGGUAUACGUGGAGGCCAAGUCACAGCGUCGUGACGACCAGAACGACGUUCCGAUGGGAAACCAGCUGGAUGCCUAUCUCAGUCAACUAGGGUUCAUGCCGAUGGAUGGCCAGUCCAUGCCCCAAGCCGUGCCCCCCACCACAGGCGAUGUCCUUAUGCCACAUGGCAUUGGAAGUGGUCCGACCACGCAAAUGGAGGAUUGGUUUCUGGGUAGUCGAAGCAUGUUUGGCUUGCUGGAGGAAGAUCUUGGGCAGAUUGACCCGAUGGGAUGGAUGCCGCCACCGUCUUCCGGGACGAUGUAG